AUGAAAGGCAAAGCAUCAGGUUAUACUAAGAAAAAAGGUAAAGUAAAUCUUGAUGAAGACAAGUUUAGACACUUGUCUAUGCUUGAGAGAUCCUCCAUCAGAAAACUUGCUAUUAAAAUGGAAGUUAGCAAGUCCACAGCUGGCAGAUGGGUGAAGGGAAACAAAAUCAGACCACAUACAAAUGCCAUCAAGCCUGCACUUACUGAUGUGAACAAAAUUUCAAGAAUGAGAUGGAGUCUUAGUCAUAUUCUGCCAACCAUAUUUGAAGGAAAGCUUCUCUAUCAUGCAAUGCACAACAUUGUUCACAUUGAUGAGAAAUGUAGGCCAAUGUUUGCCAGUGAUGGGCAACCUAUCUUUGAUGGUAAAAUAGGCAUAUUUCCAUUCACACAACAAGUGCCAGCCAAAAGGAAGUCAAAGAAUAGGCCAAGAGGGACACUAGAGACAAAGCCUAUCCCAUCAGUUAACAAAGAAGCCAUGAGAGAAUGCCUUCUUAAUCAGGCAACUAAGCAUUCAAUCACAAUUCAUGCUCAGAUUAUACCAACAAUCAAGGCAAAGUGGCCAGCCAACGCAAACAAGGAGAUAUACAUCCAACAAGAUAAUGUCAAACCCCACUUGAAAUCCUCUGACUUACAAUUUGAGGCUAUUGCAAGUACAGAUGGUUUUGAAUUCCAUCUAGUUAGCCAACCAGCCAACUCCCCAGAUACAAAUGUACUAGACCUUGGCUUUUUUAGGGCCAUUCAGUCUCUGCAAGAUGACAAACUAGCCACCAAUAUAGAUGAAUUGUUGGCAAAUGUUUGGAGAUCUUUUGAGGAACUCACACCACAAACUCUGAACAAGGUUUUCCUAACAUUGCAAAGCUGUUUAACCAAGAUCCUAGAAGUCCAUGGGGGCAACAACUACAAAAUACCCCACUUGAACAAAGAUAGGUUGAGUAGGACAGUAGGGCUGCCUACCUCACUUGAGGUUGAAGAGAAUCUGAUUAGGGACAGCUUGGAGUAUCUUCUACUACCUCAUAAUGAUGUGGGUGGAUCAUAUGAAAUAGGACAUCUAAGCAAUGUGUUGGGGUAG